CUGAGACCAGAGGGACUGGGAGUGCAACAGAGCAGGCAAAUAGAGACCUACCACACACCAAAUCUCUGCACAGGGCCUUGGACUUGAUGAUUUGUUGGGAAAAUCAGUAGGUAGAAUCUGAGUUGUGUUAGCGAGAAGCAGAAGAGCGCUCUGCUACCUGUAAAGUUUUGUUGUUUUUCAUACUUCAAGGAGAAGAGAGGAAAGCUGGGCAAAGAUCAAAAGUGGACCUCAUCCAUCUCCUGGUGGGUUUUGUUCACUCUGCAUCCUUGGGGGGUUAUGGUGCGCGGACUGACAGAUUGAUUUGUUGAACUGCAUCUUUUGAUGAGAGCCCAACUCUUGUGGAUCUUGCAGCUUUUCCAGCUACCACACCACUUUGCUGGAGACUGGAUCCAGGGCUCAGUGUGAGAAACAGCAGGAGAGAGCUGCUGGGGGAAAAAAGAGAAUAUUGCCAUCCAUCUCUCACCCCCACAGCCCACCCUCAGCUUUGGACGCCCCUCCUCUCUGCCUCUUCUUUUGCCCCCUGUACCCCUCUCCUCUACACCUCACCCCCCAACAGAGCAGAAAGCGUGAAAAAUCUCACUAAUGGGUUUAUUUGCUGUCAGAUCUGCGCCAAUCUGUCAUUCCCUUAGCCCAUUCUGCUUGACACAUUUCAUAGUUGAGUAAGCCUCCUGGCUUUCUGUCUAGAGUUAACAGUGCCCCUGCAACGUUGUGCUGGCUGAGAGCUCAUCAAGAGGGGAGCGACGGCGGCAGCAGUCAGUCUGACAGUCUCUUGGACAGGGAGUCCCUGAAGCUGCAUUCCUCUGGUCUCCUUCUCCCUGUUGGGACUUUGUGUUUGCGUGAGCCUUGUGGGCAUCCUCAGCUCCUGUCUGAUCACACGACCGGUCCGUCACAGAAGAUUCAGGUUGUUUCUGCAGGGAUUCUGGUGCAGAUCGAAAGGAGUGUGAAGAUGUGGUGUGGGGCUGGGCCUCUGGCUGUGGUGGCUGCAGUGUUUUGGACUCAGUGUGUCCUACUGGAUGGGGUGGAUGCCAAGAAGGAGAGAAAGAGGCCAAAGGAGGCCACCCCACAACACACAGAGACGUACAAUGCAACUCUCUCCAACAGUGAGGAGGUCGGUGGAGGCAUCAAGAUUUCUGACCAUCAGAGAGUCGACCCGCUGGGAUCAUGGAUGGACUUUGUCAAAAGACCUGUCGGCAACUUUCCUGGAAAGUGUCGUAAACGCAAACGUCCCUUGCCCGGCCCACCUGGUCCACCAGGUCCUCCUGGCCCACAGGGACCACCUGGCUCUCCUGGGGCUGAAGUGACCCAGGAAGUACUUCUCCAGGAGUUCAAAGAGAUGAUUAAAGAGGCUACAGAAAGGAGAGCAGCAGCCCUUGACAGACAAACCAACCCCAGCCAGCUGCCUACGGCUCUCCUCACCCUGGAGGGGAUGACCUCCUACCGGCGAAUAGAGGAGGCUUUCCACUGCAAGCUCCGGGGACCUGUGGUGGUGGAUAAGAAGACUCUGGUGGAGCUCCAGAACUUUCAGACGCCUCCUGCUAAAGGAGCCUUCCUCAGAGGGUCGGGAAUGGACCAGUCUACUGGGAGAUUCACAGCUCCCAUCACAGGGAUCUACCAGUUCUCUGCUAAUGUCCACAUUGACCACAAUGAGGUGAAGAGGAGCAAGAGUCAGCUCAAGGCCAGGGACAAUGUUCGAGUGCUGAUCUGCAUCGAAUCACUCUGCCACAGAUACACCUCACUGGAGAUGAUUGUUGGAUUAGAGAGUAACAGCAAGAUAUUCACUGUCAGCGUGCAGGGGCUGCUGGAGCUGCAGGCUGGGCAGUACACGUCCAUAUUUGUGGAUAAUGCAGCCGGUGCUUCCAUCACAAUACAGAACGGUUCGGAUUUCAUGGGCAUGCUUCUUGGUGUAUAGCCUCACAUAUGAACAGGGCAUCAUCCAAGCCAUCCACUGCUGCCGUUAUUUUAUUUUAUUUUUUAUUUUCAAUGGACUGCUUAUGAGCACCAUCACACAGUACCAAACCACAGGGGAGUUUUGAAGGAAGGACGUAAGGCUGACAUUGACUUGACCGCUUGUCAGAUGGUGAAAGGACAAUGUGAAGAACUCAAGGACUGAGUUUGUUUUUCACCGUGCACUGCGACUUCCCUGAGGGACUUGGUUGCCUGUUGCUUCACCAAUGAAAUAACACGUAUGUUCGGCAGUGAAUAUGUCUUUUACAUAUAUAUUUUUCAUGGUUGUUGAACACCUUUGCAGUAAAAACCAAACAUCAGUGUUUUCAUGUUCACUGGAUAGAUGUCAGAAGUGUUGGGGAACAUGAAAAAGUGCAUUUGUGUGCCUAUGUAUACGGACAUGUUGAUGUUUUUCAUCUACAUGAUCUCUUGUAUACAAACUCAUGAACUAUAGUUAUUUUUUUUUAUCAUGGGUUAAAUCUUACACUUAAGUUAUGUGGUACAUAGACUCUGUGAGUACACUGGACAAUGGAAAUAUACCCAAUCAACAGAAUAUGGUCUUGGAAAGUGAUAGCUCACAUAUGUAAUUACCCAUUUUGUAACAUAGCUAUCACUGCAUUUUUAGCAAUGUUAGUGCCGUGGCUCUAAAUGGCAUCUCUAUAUGUCAGUCUGUUGGUUUGCUACUUUGGUUCAGACAGAAAUAGCUCAACAACUAUUGGAGGCAGUUGCAGUGAAAGCUUGUACACACAUUCAUGGUUCCCAGAGGAUGCAUCCUACUGACUUUGGUGAUGCUCUGACUUUUCAUUUAGCCUCAAUCAACAUGACGCUGGUGGUUUUGAGUGAAGCAUCUCAACAGCUGGAUGGAUUGCCGUGAAAUUUUGCAUACACAUUCAUGUUGCCUUCAAGAGGAAUUGUAACCAGUGCUAGUAUGCUAUCACGCUAAACCAAGAUGGUACAAAUGACAACAUUAUACCUGCUAAACAUUAGCAUGUUAGCAUUGUCAUUGUGAAUUUGGCAGCAGGUGUUAGCAUUUAGCUCAAAAGAACUGUUGUGCCAAAGUACAGCCUCAUAGAGCCACUAGCAGAGCUGUAGACUCGUAUGGCGUAUUCACAUUUACAGGGAAAAAACAAGGGUCUCGCACUAAGCAUUGUGCGUUAAUUGAAGCUGAUGCUUGAUGGCUCCACCUUAGCUACAUUGCUAAUGUUGCUAACAGCAGACGCAUUUCAGAGACUCAGAGUGUUUUUGGAACAACCAGUAUUUCUCUAAGGUAAUAUCUUUUUGUCUCGAUAUGAGGCCAAUUUUUAAUUGUACAAUUCUGAAAAUUCAGAAACACAAGUGAUUUGAUUUCUGCCCAUUUUUUUUUUAGUUCAAACAGCAACUGGUUGUGAAGAUCAGAGCAACUCAUGUCAGAGUUAAAUUUGAACUUUUGGCACUCCCGCUCUCGGCUGAGUGUACCAUGGACAUUUAUGCAAAAGCUGUUUUUCCGUGAUAAUGUGAAUACGCCUUUAGUCUUGUUUAAAUGUGUUAGACUAAUCUAUGUACACGUUUCGACAGUAAGGGAGCUGUAAAAGAAUGAUUUUUGGGUAGACAAGAUUAUUUUUACAGUCCUUUUUGUGUUAUCAUUUAUUAUCUGUUUAUUUUUACUGUAUUUUAUUAUUUCCUUGACAUAUAGAUGUUUGUAAUUUAUCAUAACUGAUACACCAGUAACAUUGAAAAGCAUUGAAAUUUGAUAUGGUAUUUAUGUUUGAGAAAAUAUAUCAGUCGUGUGUUGAUUUACACUCUUUUGGACUGUUCAAACCACAGAUUAUUGCAAGAAUAAAAUUAUAUCUUUUUACUAUUUUUUUAUUACCCAUAAUAUUCUGUAAUUUGAAAUUAAACUCUUUAAAAACAUGUUCAUUUGGUCUCUGCACAUAAUAGCAAUCAGGAAAACACCUUAUAAUGACAUAAUUACUAGCUCAGUUCUCUAUUUAAAUUUCCAUUGUCAGAAUUGUUUUUUUCUGCAUCUUUGCUUUAUUGAUGAAAGGAUCAUCUGAAUGCAAAAAAACCUUUACAUUUCUCUGUGGCAUGAUUUGAAUUUUAAAACACCCCAAAUACCUCACAUACCUUUGCAA